UGGAAUCUGAGAUAAAGAGGAAGUCGAGAGUGCUCACAUACACUGCUCCAGUUGCUCACACAAGUGCACAUGCGCACACUGCGCUGCGGAAUACACACCUAGCAACCGUGAAGGAGCUGCCUGACUUUUUUUUUUGGUGUUGUUCUAAACUGUGUGGUUUUUUCUACAUCUAAACUGCAGAAUGGCAAACAAGGGUCCAUCGUAUGGUCUGAGCCGUGAGGUGCAGAGUAAGAUCGAUAAGAAGUACGACCCUGAACUGGAGGACCGUUUGGUAGACUGGAUAUCUGUGCAGUGUGGUGGAUCCGUGGGCAAACCCCAGCCAGGCAAACAGGGCUUCCAAGCAUGGCUCAAGGACGGCUGUAUCCUGUGUGAGCUGAUUAACAGCCUGUACAGGGACGCCAAGCCUGUAAAGAAGAUCCAGAACUCCACCAUGGCCUUCAAGCAGAUGGAACAGAUCUCCCAGUUCCUCGCUGCUGCUGAGAAAUACGGCGUCACCAAGUCCGACAUGUUCCAGACUGUUGACCUCUGGGAGGGUAAAGACAUGGCAGCUGUGCAGAUGACCCUGAUGGCACUGGGAAGCUUGGCGGUUACCAAGACUGAUGGCUGUUACCGUGGCGACCCUUCCUGGUUCCACAGGAAAGCUCAGGAGAACAGGCGAGAUUUCACGGAGGAGCAGAUGAAGGAGGGGCAGUCUGUCAUCGGUCUGCAGAUGGGCACCAACAAAGGAGCAUCACAGGCAGGCAUGACUGGCUAUGGACGACCCCGACAGAUCAUCAACUAGGGGGCAUUACCUCUAACCCCCUCUUCCUGGCCAAUCAGUGAGGACCAAACUGGUGCCUGGCCACUCCCACUCAGCCCAUGGAAAAAAAACUGGAGAAUCAGGGACCAAAAGAUACACAAACACACACACACUCCCUCACACACACACACACACAC